AUGGCCUUUUCCAACGGCCUGGGGGACCGCCCCGAGGACCGUCGCUUUCGCAGCCCGCAGUCCCCGCGCGAGGAGUCAACCUUCCCCAGCUUUACCUCGCCCAUUCGCAGCAUCGCCAGCCAGAUGCAGGCCCACACAUCCACGGCGAACGAUGCCCGCGCCAGCCUGACGAGACGCUUCACGACAAAUACGGUGCCCACGAUGCCCACACUUUCCUCAUUGUCGCCAAUUGGCCAGCAGCGGCGACAGGCGGCCGAGAAUACGGAGUUGACGACUGCGACAUACCACAAGGUGCAGCUGGUGAGUGAGAACAUCUGGUUCCUUCCUAUUGUCCAUUGUCAGGUGGGGUGUCGUGCACGAGGGCACCUCCCGCACCGUCGCCUUCCUUAA